CUACAGAACCGACUCCCGACACUUUCAGCUGCAGCUGUUGAUAGCAACUGUAGUUGUUAGCAACUGUAGUAGAGGGAGUUAGCUGUGGACGGCGAGCUGUACGGUAUGGAUCUACCUGAACCUAUAAGAAGACGUUUAGGAGAUUUCUCAAGAACUGUUUUCGUGGAUCAGAAGCAUCUUCAACUUUCACCUGAGGAUCAUAUUACAUUUCUCAAUCAAAAUGCAGAUGUUAUAUCCAGCUUGCCGCUUCAGAUGUCCUUGUUUUUCAACAUGUGGUUCUUUCCUCUGUGGUGGAUUAGUGAAGUCGUGAUGCUGCACCUCAAAUACCCUGCCCUUCCAGACUACUACAAGUUUAUCUUGAUUACUAUCCUCAUUGUAAUGACCCUUAUUGAGGCUAUCAGGCUGUACCUUGGCUAUGCAGGAAAUCUGCAAGAAAAGGUACCUGAACUGGCAGGAUUUUGGCUCCUGAGCCUCCUUCUGCAGUUCCCUUUGAUUUUAUUCCAGCUCUUCAACGAAUCUAUUCUUAUUCAGCCUUUGGAAAGAGGGGUUCACAUAGUUCUGGCUUUGUUCAUUUUAACAGAGACUUUGUCUGGUUUUGUUGCCCUGCGUGCAAUGGUCAAACACACUGAAAGCCGCUUUCACCUAAGCCAGUUUGAUGGAAUUCAAGAACUUCGGGCAUGACAGCACUCCUGCAUAAAGGACCACAAAAAUAUUUUACUACUGUGUUAAUUAUAUGAAAUAUGAUAUGCCUUGUGUAUAAACUAAUUACUUUUUUAUACAUUUUGAAAUGUGUCCGUCAAAAAUAAAAUGAAAUUGUGCUAUAUCAUGGUAUUUUUGUGGUAUCACCCACCGCAUGUAUAUGUAUGUAUGUACUGUUGAUGUGAACUGUUUUGAUGUAUUAUAUUUUUUACUCACAUCAUUAGUAAAUUGUGUAAAAGUAUUU